AUGGGAGCACAAAACCUUCAAGCAUGGCUCACCGGCCUUUUCGCCAUCCUUUCCGCCGUCGCCUUGGUUGACGCCUCGCCCACACUCCACCGCCGCGCCGGCCUCACGCCCAGCCUGACGGGCGCGCUCAAUGCCAUGUCGACGGGCUCCAGCACCUACCCACGCGCCAACACGCUGUCCAAUGGCAACAUCCUGGGCACCUACACGGCCUUCGCCGACGGCGACUCGAUCAUCACGCUGGCAGAGAGCAGCAACUCCGGCGAGACCUGGACUACACUCGGCACGGCGGACCGCGGGCCCACGAACACGACGGACAUCGACAACCCAUUCGCGAUCGAGCUGCCGUCGGGGCGGCUCCUCGUCGCGUUCCGUAACCACGACCAGGAGCUGGACGAGACGUACACGUACUACCGCAUCACCGUGUGCUACUCGGACGACGGCGGCGCCUCGUGGGCGUACCUGAGCACGCCGGCGCAGGAGCCGGGCCCGACGACGGGCGUGUGGGAGCCGUUCAUGCGGCUGGCGGCCGACGGCCAGACGCUGCAGCUGUACUACUCGCGGCUGAACAACGACAACGACCAGGACAGCAUCCUGCGCACGAGCGCCGACGGCGGCGCGACCUGGUCCGACCCCACUUCCUUCACCGGCACCGAGCUGAGCGACUCGCGCGACGGCAUGCUGGGCGUCGCCGAGACGGACGCGGACGGCGGGCUGAUCGCCGUGUUCGAGACGGAGACGGGCGGCGGCAGGUUCCACAUCGAGGCCGUGAGCUCGCCCGACGACGGCGAGACGUGGACCGAUCGCCGCAUCGUGUACCAGUCCGAGGGCUUCAACGCGCAGGCGCCGCAGGUCAUUAAUGUCGGCGGCACGCUCGUGGUGAGCUUCCAGACGGAUGAGGACGGCGAUUAUGUCGUCAAGGUGGUCACGAGCGCGAAUGGCCAGGAUUGGGCGGAUAAGACGACCGUCAUGGAUGCGACGAGUCAGUGGGCCGGCUUGUACACGUUGGAUGAUAGCAGCUUCUUGGCCCUGGCGGGCCAUAAUGGCGUGGCGAGUGCCCAGAAGGUUGUGCUGGUCUAG